AUGCACGUUGAAGUCGAAAUACUUGCUUCGCCAGAAGAGGUUCGAGCUGUGGUCCUCGACUUCCCCCGUUAUCACGAAUGGCACAAUGCAUUCAUAGCAAAAAUAGAAGCGCCUCCCGGCAGCAUUGCACUUGGAGGCAAGAUAUUCGUGACCUUUGUCGACGUCAGGGAAACAAUCCACGCAACCAUCACCUGCAACACGGCAAACGAAUUCAGAUUCCACGGGUCAUCUGCAGCGGGCGCCUUCACUGGACAGCAUUACUUCAAGUUCAAUCCAAGACGGUACAAGGUUCCAGAAGAUGGCGAGGAGAGACCCGAAAGCAACCCGCCCGCUUUGUCGACGAUAUUUGCAUUGGGGGAAGAGCAGACUGGAUGGAUGUGUUUCUGGCUUGAGGACCAGAUGCCGAUGGAGCAUGCGCAGCGGCAGCAGAGAUUCGGAGCUUUCGCGAGGGAUUUGAAGGCUAGAGUUGAGAGUUUGAAGCGUGGAAGAUGA